CCCCGUUUAUACAGAUCCGUUUAAUAAUGGCUGUGUUCAUGUACAUAGUUGUUUCUAUGAUCGCGGUUAAUCACGUUCUGGGUGCAUCACUGUCUAUUUCUGGAUCUUCAUCUUAUGCAGUGUUGAAUCGACCGUUUACCGUGACGUGUACAGUGACACAGGCUUCUAGUUUGAUUGAUAAAGUACUAUUCAUUACGAGAGCAUCAACUGAUGCAUUUGCUUCUCUCAGACAGAAUAUGGCUUCAUGUUCUGUGUUCAAUGCGGCACCAUCAGGUUACACUGUGUCCUGUGGCAGUGGAACAGGCAGCAGUUUGUCCACCACUAAGACGUAUUCUCUGAUGAUUAACAGAGCUGCAGAACAUGAUGCUAAAGACUGGUGGUGUGAUCUGAGUACAGCUAAAACACGGAGCAACACAUUUAGUCUGCAGUUCAGUAGUGGUCCAGACUCUGUUACAUUAAGUCCACCAUCACCUAGGUCUGUAGCAGAAGGAGACAGUAUGACUGUGAUGUGUGCUGCUAGUUGUAAUCCACCAUGUUCCUAUUCCUGGACUCUGAAAAAUCAGCAGAUCUCAUUAACCUCUCGGUUAACACUGACAAACAUCAACAGGAGUCAGACAUGGAAUGUGUACAUGUGUACAGCGACCAACUCAUUUUUAUCAACAUCUAAAAGUAAACAGUUCACACUGACAGUUUACUGCUACUGGUGUCCGAGUUACGGGUCAGACAUGGGCAGCCCAUCACAGAUCGUCACAUUGCCCAUAGACGUGAAUGGUGUAUGGAGCGUCAGAAGUGGGGUAUUCGUCGCUGGUCACGUGUCAUGUUUUCAGAUGAGUCCCUAUUCACUUUGGACUUCAAACGUCAACGCCACAAUGCGAUUUCAUGACAGAUUUGGCGGUGGAUCGGUUAUGGACGCCAAUGUCCGUGCUCACUGUGCACGAAUCGUCAAUGCUCACCUCCAGCAGCACAACAUCUAUCGAAUGCCAUGA